AUGGUUGUUGCCAAAGAUUCCAUGCUCCCUUCAGCUUACCUACUCGAACAAUGUGGGAAAAUAAAACGGAAAAAAUUGUGGAAGAAAAGUGCUGAGAAGAGCGUGGGAAAAGGAAAAGAUAAGAAGGGGGCUCCAUCACCUGCUCCAGGUUCUACGGCAACAGGUGCUUUAGCUCAAAAAAGCGGCAAAAAGGAUGGAGAGAAAGAGGAGAGCAAAGGUGACAAAAAGGAUGAAAAGAUUGAUAAAAAAGACGAAGAGAAGAAGGAGGAUGACAAGAAGGACGACAAAAAAGACAAGGAUGAAAAGAAGGAUGAGGAGAAGAAAUCCGAGAAAGAGGAAGAAAAAAAAGAAGAGAGGAGGAAAAUUGACCUUAAACCAAAACAAAUCAAAAGAAAUGAAAAAGAGGAGCGGAUCGCCCAAGGAAAGGAAGUCCGAAAUAAAGGAGACUAUCCUACUUUCAAUGAUGUUGAAAGUGAUUGGGACUCUGCAAAGGAUAAGAAAGAAGACAAAGAUAAGGAGAAGAAAGACUCCCUAAAGGACUCAGAUAAGAAGGAGGUGAAAGGCGAGGAGAAAGAGGCAGAGGAAAAAAAGGACGAAAAGAAGGAUGAGAAAAAGGAAGUAGAAAAGAAGGAGGAGAAGAAGGAUGAGAAGAAGGAGGAGAAGAAAGAAGAGAAGAAAGAGGAGAAAAAGAAUGACAAGAAAGAGGACAAGAAAGAGGAGAAGAAGGAAGAGAAGAAGGAGGAAAAGAAGGAGGAAAAGAAGGAGGAAAAGAAGGAGGAAAAGAAGGAGGAAAAUAAGGAAGACAAGAAGGAGGAAAAGAAGGAGGAGAAGAAAGAGGAGAAGAAGAACGACAAGAAGGAGGAUGAUAACAAAGGUGAAUUCGACCCGAAGAAAACACAGACAUUAACCCCACUCGCUGAAGAUCCUGCGAAGAAACCCACCUCAAAACCAGUAAAGAAAGUGCGCAACCUUUGCGCCCCGCCCCUCCUGCGAUUCGUCGAAAACCCAUUCGGACGAAUCGCAAACGGGCUCGCGCUGCUUCGACCGCAGCCGCUUACAGAAAGUUCAUGGUCUCCCAGUAUGCGAUCGCAUGACGUGGCCGUUCGCUGCACAGGUUACGGGUUCAUAUACGAAUUUAUUUCCGGAUUUCCUACGAAAACCCAGAGAAUAACUACAUAA